GCCUGAAGAAAGCACAUUGGCUUUGCAACUGCUUUUGGAGCUAUCGAGAAGUAGUAUAGUUCGGGACUUGAUGGGCAGUGUCCAGGGUUGCAUCCUUCUACUUGUUACUUUCAUGCAUAGUGAUGACUCUGCCGUUGCAAAGUAUGCAAGUGAGAUUUUAAAGAAUCUCUCUUUCCUUGAUCAGAAUGUCAUUGAGAUGGCAAGAUUAAAUUAUGGUGCACCCUUAUUACAACAACUAUGUUCAGGAACUGAAAGUAAGCGUAUGUUCAUGGCCAAAACCUUGUCAGAGAUCGAGUUGAGCGACCAGCUUAAGCUGUGCCUCAUAGAAAAUGGGGCGCUGAAGCCACUUCUUGAACUUCUCUCCCAUAGCAAUACAGAUAUGAAAAGUAUUGCUGUCAAAGCACUUCAAAACCUUUCAACUGUCACACAAAAUGGUCAGCUGAUGGUUAAGGAAGGUGUCAGUGACCUGCUAUUUGAACUACUAUUUUGUCACACCUUGUCAAACGAAAUACGGGAACAUGUUGCAGCAACAAUUAUGCAACUUGCCAUGUCAACAAAUUCGCAAAGAUCAGAGGAUGUUCAGGUUUCACUGUUGGAGUCUCAUGACGAUAUUUUUAAACUCUUUUCUCUUGUAUCGUUGACUGGAUCUAACAUGCAACAAAGCAUUCUUCGUAUCUUUCAAGCAAUGUGCCAAUCUCCUGCUGGUUCUGAUAUCCGGACUAAACUGAGACAGAUUUCCGCAAUUAAGGUACUAGUCUACCUAUGUGAACUUGAUGACCGUAAGGUACGGGCUGAUGCGGUGAAACUCUUCUAUUUAUUGACAAAAGAUGGCAAUGAUGAUAUUCUCUUAGAGCAUGUAAAUAGUACCUGCAUUGGGAACUUGGUGCGGAUCAUCAGAACUUCGGAUAACGAAGAAGAGACUGCUGCUGCGUUGGGAAUAAUCUCCUACCUUCCUCAAUAUUGUUCAAUGUCUCAGCACCUUCUUGAUGCUGGGGCGCUUGACGUCAUCUUAGACUGUUUACGCGGUAGAAAUGAACAUGCUUUACCAAGAAAUGAAGUUGUAGAGAAUGCUGCUGGAGCUCUUUGCCGUUUUACUCUUCCAACAAAUCCAGAAACACAAAAACAAGUUGCUGAAGCUGGUGUUAUUACUCUUUUGGUAUCCCUACUAGCGUCUGGCAGUUCCUUGACUAAAAAGAAUGCAGCCACUUGUUUAAAGCAGUUAUCAGAAAGCUCGUGUAUUCUGAGCAAGCCGGUUAGAAAAUAUUGGAUGUUAAGCUGUUGUGUUGCAUCACCGACACAUAGCUGUCCUGUGCACUUAGGAAUUUGCAGCAUUGAAUCCACAUUCUGCCUUGUAGAGGCUAAUGCUCUCAGACCCCUCGCAGAAGUGCUAGACGAAUCAGAUCCUGCAGCUGCUGAAGCUUCUUUAGAUGCAAUCUUGACAAUAAUUGAAGGUGCACAACUGCAGAAUGGUUCUAAGGUACUUGCAGAAUCCAAUGUUAUUGCUCCAAUCAUAAAAUUGUUGAGCUCAUCAUCUAUCGUUUUACAAGAAAAAUCUCUCAAGGCCUUGGAGAGGAUACUUCGAAUGAUAGAAAUGAAGGAAAAGUAUGGGAUAUUAGCGCAGAUGCCACUUGUGGAAAUCACUCAGAAUGGAAGAAGUGACAUGAAAUCUUUGGCUGCUAAAGUUCUAGCUCACUUAAAUGUACUUCCUGGACACUCUUCCUUUUUCUAAUGCACGCUCAAAUAUUUGAAAAGCACUAUACUCGUGAGACGAGUAGAUCAUCUACACUGAACUAUAGCACAUUCAUCCCAUUUGUUUUUCCAUUUUAUUUUUGACAACUGUUUAGUGCUCACAUAUUUUAGAGUGGGGUCUGUCAGAUAUGAAUUCUAGCUUUGCCUUUGUAAUGUUUAAGGUUGCCGCUAGGCCUGUUGGCGUGAUGUUGUAAUAGCAGAUCUGGAGAUCAAGGGAUGAAAUUUCCGUUAUUUGCGACAGUUCUACUUA